GCCAUUGGAGGGACUUGGCUUACUGGAACAUGCGAUGCUUCGCAAGAGAGAGAUGGUGCAAGAGAGAGAGAGAGAGAGAGAGAGAGAGAGAGAGAGAGAGAGAGAGAGAGAGAGAGAGAGAGAGAGAGAGAGAGAGAGAGAGAGAGAGGAGAGAGAGAGAGAGAGGGAGAGAGAGAGAGAGAGAGAGAGAGAGAGAGAGAGAGAGAGGAGAGAGAGAGAGGAGAGAGAGAGAGAGAGAGAGAGAGAGAGAGAGAGAGAGAGAGAGAGAGGAGAGAGAGAGAGGAGAGAGAGAGAGAGGAUGAGAGAGAGUGAGAGUGAAGAGAGUGUGAGAGAAAGAGAGAGAGAGAGAGAGAGAGAGAGAGAGAGAGAGAGAGAGAGGAGAGAGAGAGAGAGAGGAUGAGAGAGAGUGAGAGUGAAGAGAGUGUGAGA